AUGUUCACCAUCCUGAAGCAGUAUAAAAUGAGGCUCAACCCUACGAAGUGGUCCUUCGGCGUAGCUUCGGGAAAAUUCCUUGGCUUCAUGAUCAACCAACGGGGUAUUGAAGCUAACCUAGAAAAGAUUCAAGCCAUUUUAGACAUGAAGAUACCCACGACGGUCAUGGACAUACAAAGCCUUACCGGACGCAUUGCAUCCCUGACCAGGUUUAUCUCCAAGGCUAUUGAUCGCUGCACCCCCUUCUUCAAGGCACUCAAGGACAACAAGCGAAGCAUCACCUAG